UGUAUGAAUUCAAUCUUCUAUCACUCACCAAUCCCCUCCACUUAUAUAUUCCUCUUCUUCUCUUCUUUUUCUUCAUCACCAAAUCAUUUCCUUCGUUUUCCAUUCUUUUUUCAUAAACCUUGCUCCAUUUUCCACUUCUCUUUCAUAACUAAAUUGAUUUGUACUAGCAUCCUUCUUUUUCAUUUGUACCCUCAUUUGAAAGCAAAUUGAAACCCAAUUCUUAGUCAAUUUCCCAAAAUUUGAAAACCAAUAAAUUUACUGUACACCAGCAAAAUUUUUACUCAGUUUUUCGUAAACCUUAUUCCAUUUUCCACUUCUCAUUACUAAAAAGCAAAAAAAUGGGUUCCCUAGACAUCAAGAGCCUAGAAUCCACCACCCCAAUGAUGAACAUGAACAACAACCCAUUAGACCCAGAAGAGUUCAGGAAACAAGGAUACAUGGUUAUCGACUUCCUUGCUGAAUACUACAAAAGCAUCGAGAAAUACCCGGUCCGAAGCCAAGUCGAAGCGGGUUAUCUCCGCAAAAGGCUACCCGUAUCCGCCCCAAACGACCCGGUAUCCAUGGAAACCAUCCUUGCCGAUAUCCAAACCGAUAUCGUUCCCGGGUUAACCCAUUGGCAAAGCCCGAAUUAUUUCGCUUAUUUCCCGAGUAGUGGGAGUACAGCUGGGUUACUUGGAGAAACUUUAGCUUCUGGGUUUAACGUUGUGGGGUUCAACUGGAUAUCUUCACCUGCUUCAACUGAGCUCGAAAGUAUUGUCAUGGAUUGGUUAGCUGAAAUGCUAAGUUUACCAAAAAGCUUCACCUUUAGCGGCGGCGGUGGCGGUGUUAUGAUGGGGACCACCUGUGAAGCUAUUUUAACCACCAUAACGGCGGCGCGUGACAGUCUUUUGGAUAAGAUUGGUCGUCAUAACAUCAACAAGCUUGUCGUAUACGGGUCCGACCAAACUCAUUGCUCCUUCUUCAAGUCCGCUAAAAUCGCCGGAAUUUCGCCGGCAAACUUUCGUACUAUCAAAACUACAAAGGCUAACGCUUUUUCAUUAAGGGGAUAUUCUCUAAGAGCCACCAUUGAAGCUGACGUCAACGCCGGGUUAAUCCCACUUUUCGUUGUCGCCACCGUGGGGACAACCUCCACUGCGGCGGUAGACGCCGUGGGCCCGCUUUGCGACGUUGCGAAGGAGUACAAUAUGUGGGUCCAUGUAGAUGCGGCUUACGCCGGAAACGGGUGUAUUUGCCCGGAGCUCCGUCACAUGAUUGACGGCGUUGAAAAAGCUGACUCUUUCAGCUUUAACGCACAUAAAUGGUUCUUAACAACGUUAGAUUGUUGCUGCCUUUUCGUUAAGGAUCCGAAUGCACUUGUUCGGUGUUUAUCCACUAACCCGGAAUACCUCAAAAACAAAGCAACCGACACAAACCAAGUCGUUGACUACAAAGACUGGCAGUUGACCCUAAGUCGUCGGUUCCGGUCACUUAAAAUGUGGAUGGUUAUUCGAAGUUACGGCGUUGACUUUCUUCGUAACUUCCUACGUAGCCACGUGGACAUGGCUAUCUACUUCGAGAAGAUGGUGGUUAAAGAUACGAGGUUUGAGAUCGUUGUUCCUCGGAGUUUCGCUCUCGUUUGUUUCCGACUUUCGGCAUCGGCUGUUCUAGAAUGUUCUGGACAGAAGUUUCUAGAAGAGGAAACGUUAAACGAGAUUAAUACCGAGUUGCUUGAAUCGGUUAACUCGGAUGGGAGGAUUUACAUGACUCACUCACUUGUUGAUGGUAUAUUCAUGAUCCGUUUUGCGGUUGGAGCUACACUUACUGAAAUUCACCAUGUUACUUAUGCAUGGAAGGUUGUUCAAGAACAUGCAACCGCUCUCUUAGCACGAUUAUCUAUGAUCGCAUGCUAACGUAAAGGGUAAUUUAAGAAGAAUGUUUCAAUGCAUGGUGAUGUAAAUGGUAACGAUGAUGAGUCCAUUAAUUCUUUUUUUUCUUUUUUUUAUUGCACGUAAAUUUAAUUAUCUUAUCUAUAACUAUAAAAAAAGCGAGACCCUGAAACCUAGAGGAGAGGAUACAGGUCGUUCUCACACUGAAUUUUUUUUCUUGCUCUUUUUUCUUCCACUAAACAAUAUAAUGAAAUGUAUUAUGUAUUUAUAUUUAUUUAUGACAAGAAAAUCUUAUUAUUUUACGCAA